AUGAUAUUCUCAUAUCCCUACACACCUACAACACUCCGGACGACCGUGAAACCGCGCCCAUGGGUGCCAUUCAAACCCCAUGAAGGACACGCCAAAGUCCCGCCCCUGCCCUCCAAGCCCAGGUCCGAUGACUUACUUGGCAUCUACAACAUCAGCACGCAUAUCAUACCUGCAGCUACUCCCAGAGUCACCCCAGAUGUUCCAGUUCCGGAGCCACCUCCUCGCUCUUCGAAAAGGACCGAGAGGUAUAUCAAGAAACUAGGACUUGAAUUCAUGGAAUCACAGGUCCGGCAAGUGGAGGACGGCAACUCUGGGGUCGUGGACGAAAGGUUACUGUGGAAUUGUGUCAAUCGAUACGUGAAAAAGGAAAAGGAGGACAAAGUCAGAACGAAGGGGAUCACCUUGUUCCUUGUGCAUGCAACGGGUUUUCCGAAGGAAAUAUGGGAGACCACUUUAUGCUAUCUACUAGCUACCUGUGACAUCGUAGAUGAAAUAUGGUCAUGGGAGUCCGUGCAACAUGGGGACUCUGCUCUGCUAAACAGACAGAAUCUCAGUGGUAGCUUUGAUUGGACUGACAAUGCGAGAGACAUUGCAAACUUUCUCGUCAACUACAUGCCAGAAGAGGUAGAAGCAUCUGCUCUCCCUAUCCAACUCCAUCGACUUCCUGCAUCCAUCGGUGAAUCACGGCAAACGUAUGGCUUCUCCUUCCGGACCUUGGUGGCGGCAGGACACUCGUAUGGAGGUUGCUCAGUGACGUUAACCGCGUUGCAUUUCCCUGCCUUGUUCUCCUCGAUGAUACUCCUCGAUGCGAUGAUUGAUACUUACCGAGACUUUGUGUGGGAGCGCACGCAGUACUUGACUGGGGCUUCGUUGAUAAGACGCGAUCAAUGGCCAUCACGGGAGGAAGCCUUGCGUUCCUUUAAAUGCUCGCCCAUGUUCUCCACUUGGCAUCCUGACGUCCUUCGGGCUCUAUAUGAAAGUGGAUGCGUCAGAUUGAAAACGCCUCCUGUUCACGAGGCUCUCGUCAUGGCGCACACAAGAGCUAGCCGUGAAACCUGGGAAUUGAUGGAAACACUUGACGAAAAGAUUGAGUUACUGUGGAUUCUUCCCGGAGAACAAAGCCAGGAUGUGUUGAUGCUAUUGGAAGUGAGAAAGCAGCGUGCUUGGCGCAGGCCUGCAAAUUCAGCUAACGUCAUAUUCAAGUCGUCUGGCCAUCUCAUUCCUCAGGAGUCUCCAGAAGAGCUUGCGCAAGUUAUCACCGACUUUCUGCAUAGGAAGUACGCUAUUUCUUUAGGGCAAUCAAAGCUCUAGAAACUUGCAUAUGAACGUGUGCAUAGUGCGCUGGGAACUUCCGCAAACACU